CACACCCCGCUGGUCUAGAAUAUGCGGCGGCACAUGACCGCUGAGCAGGCUGGGCCCCAGGAAUGCAGCUCUGCUGAUGGCUUCCCUGCCCCUGCUGCUGCUGCCCGUGCCCCUGCUGCCGCCACCGCCGCCCGCCACCACCAGGGCUCACAUCCUUCCGAAGAAGUUUAACUCAUCCCCAUCAGAGGAGGGGGAUUCCCAAGCUGCCGCCCGCCCGUCAGCGAGCCGCUCACUCACUCCCUUCCUUCCUUCCCUCUGUCGUGGGCGCCGGUACCACUGAAUGGCCUCACGUGGCCCAGGGAAGCCUUCUGCAGGCUCCUGAUUUGAUGCCCAGGGAGCUGAAUGGAAGAGGUUUUGUGGGGCUCAGGAAGGUCUGUCUUCUCUGCCCUUGGAUCCUUUGGAAUCCUGAAGACUCUACCAUUUCCAGCGCAGACAGAGGAUGGCCCAGGACACGUUUCUGCCUCCAGAGAGCCUGCUCAUCUCUGACCAGCUAGAAUAGGAGAGCCAGGCAGCACUGCCCCCGAGGAACACAGCCAUGUUGCUGCACUGGACCUCCGAGGCCCGCCGUCUGCACCCUUCCUUCCUGGCUGGCCCCAGGGCUCUGAACAGUGGCUAGGCUUCUCAGGGCUGGCUCCUCAGCGAUGCGCGGAGCCUUGAGGGGGGCCGUAGAACUCAGCUCUCCUUUUGGACUAUGACGACCUAUCGACCCAUUCAGAAUGAAGGCGUGGACAUGGGAGGUGGCGGAGGAGGGAAAGGGAGUGACCCUCUGCCGGGCCCCCAUGUUGGGGAUUAUUUCCCUUCUGGAUUUUGGGCACAGAACGGCAGCUCGCCGCAACCCGGCCCCCCCACCAGCGAGAAUGCAAUGGCGUCACGCUCUAGUGCCACCACCCCAGCCAUGCCCAAGAUGGGCGUGCGUGCCAGGGUAGCUGACUGGCCCCCGAAGCGAGAGCCUCUGAAGGACCAGGCUGGCUGCAGCCCGGCCCAGGACUUGGAGGGUGCCAAGGUCGGCAGAGAGGGCCUCCCAGCUCGGCCCUCUCAGAACGGCCGGCCCCUACCCAGCAGCUCCAGGGCAUCAGGCUCUCGUGCCUUCCACCGCUUGUCGCGCAGGAGGUCCAAGGACGUCGAGUUCCAGGAUGGCUGGCCACGGUCUCCAGGCCGAGGGUUUGUUCCUCUGCGGAACCGGAGCAACAGCGAGAUCACGCUCAGCGAGUGUGAUGCAGAGGAGCCCUUUGAGGCGAGGGGAUCCCGCUAUGUUGGGGGGCUGCCCCUUUUCCGGGAGUAUGGCAGCACGUCGUCCAUUGACGUGCAGGGCAUCUCCGAGCAGAGCUUUUUUGACAUCCUCAAUGAGUUUCGCAGUGAGAAGCCGGAGCCCCCAGGGGCUGGCUCUGAAAAGCUGAACACGCUGCUUGGCACUGAUUCAGGCACAGCCUCGCACCUGCAUCUUGCCGGCAGCUCGAAGGUGGCCAUCCGCAACGGUCAGGCCCACAAGGAUGACUUCCUGCUGCAGCCCAAGGACAAGGACAAGCUGCGCAAGAAGACCGCCAAAGGUGGAGAGGCAGGCGACUCCUCCAUCUUCCGGAAGCUGAGGAGCGCGAGGAAUGACGGUGAGACGCCGGGGAAGGCCUUUUCCGAGGCAGAUGAUGGUGGGGGUGGCAGCAGGCUACCAGAGAGCAGCAGGCCCUGGAUCUGCCAAAAGAGCUUCGCCCACUUUGAUGUGCAGAGCAUGCUGUUUGACCUGAACCAGGUGGCUGCCAACAGGCUGUCAUCUGCAGCCCAGCGGCGGAACACAACCACAGGGGCAUCGGCAGCAUCGGCGGGCUCGGUGUCUGUCUCCAGGGCCUGUGGGCUGGGGGGUCCGGACCCGUCCUUCCCCAGCACAGAGGACUUGAACUACAAGGAGAAUCUGGAGCAGGACCUGGGAGACAGCAACAGCAAUGACCUGCUCCUCAGUUGCCCGCACUUCCGCAAUGAGAUCGGUGGCAUGAGUGAGCGCAACAUCAGCUUCUCCCGAGCCUCCGCCGGCUUGCCAGGCGGCGGGGGAGUGCCGGAGCCCGCCUUGGGGACCUACUGCACCAACGCCAGCAUCUCCGUGCUUGAGGUCCCCCGGGAGGCACAGAGGAUCCAGGGCCGGAUGAAACUCUACAACAUCGAGCACGUGGACUUGGGGGCGCGCUACUACCACGACUACUUUGUGGGCAAAGAGCACGUCAACUACUUUGGCGUGGACGAGAAGCUGGGGCCAGUGGCGGUGAGCAUUAAGCGAGAGAAGUUGGAGGACCACAAGGACCACGGCCCGCAGUAUCAGUACCGCCUUAUCUUCCGGACAAGUGAGCUCAUCACUCUUCGGGGCUCCAUCCUGGAGGACGCCACCCCUACAGCUACCAAGCACGGGACGGGCCGAGGCCUGCCCUUGAAGGACGCCUUGGAGUAUGUCAUUCCUGAGUUGAACAUCCACUGCCUUCGGCUAGCCAUGAACACUCCCAAAGUGACCGAGCAGCUACUGAUGCUUGACGAGCAGGGGCUGUGUCGGAAACACAAGGUGGGAAUCCUGUACUGUAAGGCUGGCCAGAGCUCUGAGGAAGAGAUGUAUAACAAUGAGGAGGCUGGCCCGGCCUUUGAGGAGUUCCUCUCGGUGCUUGGGGACAAGGUCUGUCUCAAGGGCUUCAACCGCUACGCUGCACAACUGGACGUUAAAACUGAUUCCACUGGAACGCAUUCUUUGUACACAACUUACCAGGAGUACGAGCUCAUGUUUCACGUCUCCACCAUGCUUCCCUACACCCCCAACAAUCGACAGCAGUUAUUAAGGAAGAGACAUAUAGGCAAUGACAUUGUGACCAUCAUCUUCCAAGAGCCCGGAGCCCUGCCCUUCACCCCCCAGAACAUCCGUUCACAUUUCCAGCACGUCUUUAUCAUCGUCCGAGUUCACAACCCUUGCUCUGAUGCUGUUUGUUACAGCGUGGCUGUGAGUCGAUCCAAAGAUGCCCCUCCGUUUGGCCCUCCCAUCCCAAAUGGAGUCACAUUCCGCAAAUCGGAUGUCUUCCGAGACUUCUUAUUGGCUAAAGUGAUAAAUGCCGAGCACGCUGCCCACAAGUCUGAUAAGUUCCACACCAUGGCCACUCGGACACGGCAGGAGUACCUCAAGGAUUUGGCCGAAAACUGUGUCACCAACACUCCUAUUGACUCCACGGGGAAAUUUAACUUAAUCUCUCUCACCUCCAAGAAGAAGGAGAAGACAAAAGCUCGGGCGGGCGCCGAGCAGCACAGCACGGGGGCCAUUGCGUGGAGGGUGGCCGCCCAGGAUUUUGCACAAGGGGUGGAGAUUGAGUGUAUUUUGGGGAUUUCGAAUGAGUUCAUUGUCCUUCUGGACCUACACACCAAGGAGGUGGUGUUCAACUGCUUUUGUGGGGAUGUCAUUGGCUGGACCCCAGACUCCUCCACACUCAAGAUCUUCUAUGGGCGAGGGGACCACAUUUCCAUACGUGCCUCAGAAGGGUCCCCUGAGGACAUUAGGGAAAUUGUCCAGAGACUCAAGGUAAUGACCAGUGGCUGUGAAACAGUGGACAUGACCCUGCGGCGGAAUGGGCUGGGUCAGCUGGGCUUCCACGUCAAGUACGAUGGCACUGUGGCAGAGGUGGAGGACUACGGCUUCGCCUGGCAGGCAGGCCUCCGACAGGGCAGCCGACUGGUGGAGAUCUGCAAGGUGGCCGUGGUCACCCUGACGCAUGACCAGAUGAUAGACCUGCUGCGGACCUCAGUCACUGUGAAGGUGGUCAUCGUCCCCCCCUUCGAGGACGGGACCCCUCGGAGGGGAUGGCCAGAGACCUGUGACAUGAAUACCUCGGAACCUAAGGCAGAGCCAGAGAGCACGGCUGCCCGGCCCCCCUACCGGAGCAGCUCUGCCUGGCAGUGGAGCGGGCCUGCUUCCCACAAUUCUCUGCAGGCUUCCAAGUGGGCCGUACCCGGGACCACGGGCCAUGCCCAGUCACUCAGCCGGCCACCAAAGCCCACCCAGGGGGUCCCUUACCGGGAAACCCAGCCGCUGCACAGCAAACGGCCUGUCAGCUUUCCAGAAACUCCCUAUGCAGCCUCCCCAGCAGGGGUGGACAGAGUUCAGCCUUAUCGACAACCUUCGGGGAGCUUCUCCACUCCAGGCUCCGGAGGAGCCUCUUCCUACACACGCUACAAGCCAUCCCCGGAGAGAUAUGCAGCUUCCCAGCAUCCUCUGUUGCCGCUUGAACCCCACUACAGCCGCGAAGGGCUGUCCAGCGGCGACUCCUCCUCAGGUGGCCUGACCAGCCAGGAGAGCACCAUGGAAAGGCAGAAGCCAGAGCCCCUGUGGCACGUGCCGUCGCAGUCUCGCCUCUCGGCCAUGGGUGCAAACAGCGGCAGCAGGCACAUCAGCAGACAGGACGUGGCAGGCAAAGAUUCCCCCAACAGGCAUUCCAGAGCCGAGCCUCAGUACUCCAGCCACUCCAGCAGCAACACGCUGUCCAGCAAUGCCUCCAGCAGCCACAGCGACGAGAGGUGGUUUGAGGGCCCAGACUCCCUGGAGGCCGAGCAGGACCCCCUGUCCAAGGGCGGCUCCAGCGACAGCGGCAUUGAGACCACCAUCUGCGCCGCCAGCCCCGGCGGCCUGCCCCCCGCCAAAAUGGCACGGCCGCCCAAGCUGCAGAAGCCGGCCUACGGGGGCCACGGGGACAAGCGUCGAGAGGCUGGCGGCCAGGGCAAAGGCUACCGGCCCAAACUCUACUCAGCCGGCUCGAGCAUGCCCUCGGGAGCCGCCAGCCCGGGCAACGGCCACGAGCUGCUGAAGCAGCCCAGUAAUGUGAGCUCCAGAGCCGCCUACCCCGCUCAGGUUUACAAAACGCCAGCAACAGAGAACAGCAGGGCCCCUCAGCUGGCCCAACCCAGCCCCUUCCAGCUGUCUGCCUCGGUCCCCAAGUCCUUCUUCUCCAAGCAGCCCGUACGGAAUAAGUACCCCACGGGGUGGAAGAGACCGGAGGAGCCUGCCCCACGGCCCCUGGCCUUCUCUGACCCCAAGAAGCAAAUUGAUAUGAACACAAAGAAUGUCUUUGGACAGCCCAGGCUAAGGGCAUCCCUGCGCGAUCUCCGCUCGCCCCGGAAGAAUUACAAGUCAACCAUUGAGGAUGACCUCAAGAAGCUCAUCAUCAUGGACCCCUUGACCCCAGAGCAGGAGAGGGAUUCUUCGUCCCCCCAGAAGGCACUGCAGAGAACCCUGUCUGAUGAAAGCUUGUGCAGUGGCCGGCGGGAGGCCUCGUAUUCCAGCCCCCCCUGCUUUGAGACCGGCCUGCCCAACGACGUCCUCUUCACAAGCACCUACCCCUCCAGCACCCUGCCUUCCCGCCGACAGCACCAGCAUUCGCAUCCGCACCCGGCCGGUGGCAACGGCUUCCCCGAGAAGAAAUCCACCAUCUCCGCCUCGGAGCUCUCCUUGACCGACGUGCGGGACCGGCCAAUGAGGCGCCUGGACCCGGGGAUGAUGCCCCUCCCUGACACUGCUGCCGGCCUUGAGUGGUCCAGUCUGGUUAAUGCUGCAAAGGCUUAUGAAGUGCAGCGAGCUGUCUCUCUCUUCUCUCUCAAUGACCCGGCCCUGAGCCCCAACAUUGCACCAGCACACAGUCCAGUCCACUCGAGCCUGGAGAGGACGCCCACCACCCCCCGAACAACUCCCACAAUGAGCGAGGAGCCCCCCGUGGACCUGCCUGGGAAGGUGUACCAGCUAGAGGUGAUGCUGAGGCAGCUACACAGCGACCUGCAGAAGGAGAAACAGGACAAGGCGGUCCUGCAGACGGAGGUGGCCACUUUGCGGCAGAACAACCAGCGGCUGCAGGAGGAGUCACAGGCAGCCAAUGAGCAGCUGCGAAGGUUCGCAGAGAUCUUCUCCAGCACAGUGGAGAAGAAGGAGCCCUGAAGGGGGCGCUGCUGAAACGGGCCCCCCCCUCAGGCUGGUGCUCCAGUCAUGGCCAGACCUGCCUCUGGUCCAGGUAGGACCGAGGCAGGCCAGUGCAAGGGGCACCUCCAAGCCCUGCCUGGCUAACGGGGGCAGCUGCCCUACCACACGUCCCAUGGCCGAUGUGCUGCUCACUGCCUCUUCCCCUAGGGUGACCAGGCAAGGCCUCACACGCUGGGUGCAGGAUGCCAGGCUGUCCCUAAGGGCUGGGUGGAGGUGGGGUCCUUAGGAGCAUGAAGUGGCUCCCCCCACCCAGAAGCCUCUGGGGCAGUAUGCCCACACUAGUGACCAGUCUUCCUCACUGUCAUGAAACCUUGAACCACUGGCCAGCCCUUGGUAUAUUGAGUUCCGAUGCAAUAGAGAAUCCCUUUGGACCAACUGGGGGGGUGGGGGUGGGCAGGGGACCCAUCUCCCUCCCCCCCACCCUCCCCCCUACCCCCAUCAAGUUUCUGAAAAAACCUCGGAGCACUUUUUUCCAAGCUAAAGUACUUUCUAGUAAACCCAAGAUGGAGAAAUCCCAAUGUUCAGAGUGUAAAUGUUCUUUAUUGAGAGAGAGAGAGAGAAAGAGAGACUAUAUUUGUAUAAAUAGGGCAGUUUGUAAUCUUUUUUUCUACCAGACUUGUCUAGCCUCCGUGGGCGGCCUCCUUGGCCCCGGGGGUCUUGGAGCCAAAGGUUGGGGUUGGGGCUGCUGAUGGGUGUACCCCCUCCCUCCUCCACCCCUCAGGACCUGCUCAGCACUGAAGCCAAACUACUGAAUCCAGACUGUGGCUGAGGCCUGAGGUUGCUGGGGCCUUCCCCCACUCCAGAGGGGCCGCUAGAAAGGAUUUUUCUUUCCUCUUUCUUCCUUUGGAAGCCACCGGCCUCGUUGGGCCUGCCCACAGGACACACAUUGAAGCAGGUGCCCCCCAGGGCAGCCCCCGGCUGCCUGCAGCUUCUCUGAGGCAAUAAGGAACGCUGGGCCAUUGCGGGCCUACCCGCGGCCCACAGCUACCCGGUACUAUGCUAGGAGCUCCAGAAAAGAGCAAAGUAUAAAUAUAAUAUAUAUUUAUUUUUUCAUGCAAAGCCAACACAGAACAAUUGAAUAGUAAUCAUCUGUGGGCCUCAUGCUGAGGACAUCAUCUGCAAGCCCGUUUCCCACAGAUCCCCCCACCCCAAGCUGGGCCUUGCCCUCAGACACCCAGGGCCCUUGGGCCCCCGAGGCUGGAGGAGGGCAGCAGAGGCCAUAAUUGGGGGCCCUGGAGGCUCCUUGUCUUCCUGGGCCCAGAGUCAAAGCCACUUUGGGGCCUGGAUGCUUGACCUGAGGCCAGACUAGUUUGGUUUUUUCUCCAAAGAAUCCUCAGGUCCUCUUCUGGAAAAGAGGGGUGGGAUUGGAAGCAGAUCCUGGGUCUCUCCCUCCCCUGACAUAGCCACAGGCAGACCUCUGGACCCCAAAGCAGUGCCCCCCUCCCCAAUCCCAUCUCCCUGCUGCAGGAAGGUUUCAUCUGACGGGAAGGGGUGUCAAUUGCAUCUUCCUCCAAUGUAAUUAGGCCCCUUCACUUUCAAAUCCGCUCAGACCUGAUUGGACAAGGGAGCACAGGGGAUAAAAUAUUUGAGAUGGGAGAAUGGAUCCAUAAAUCUCCUAGCUUCCCCUCCCCCUGCCCUGGCCCUGCCAGACGGGCAGCAGGGAGUGCCUGGGGAGUAUAGGCCCAAGCUGCCCUUGGCCCUGCCAUUCCUGGCCCAGGGGGCCCUCCCAGCUUUUGUCUCCAGGGGUUGUCCCCCACCCCUACCCCUGCGGGGGCCCACCCUCCUGAUGCUUUUGUCUCCCCCUCCCCUCAUGUCUAGGAAUUGGUCAGAUCAUUCCAGGGCAUGAUUGUCUAUUAUGGCUCUUGUGGGUUUUUGUUAUCAUUUUGUAAGGAUCUCUACAGAUCCAAUCUGUCUUAUUUAAUUUUGCCCCGGACCCCUUCCUGACACAGCACCUUUUCCUAUGUCGACUUUGUUUUUUUUUAAUUUGGGGAUGGGUGGGUACACACUUUUUUUUUUUUUGUCAUUGUUAUUUCCCCUCCUCCACUCUUGAGAUUAGGGGUCUUGUUUCUGAAAGUUUCAGAGGAAAUAAAUGUUUCAUAGAAAUUGCC